AUGAAACAUUUCCUUGCUUCUCUGUGUCUCCUGGGAUCUCUUCUACAUGCGCUGACUCAAUGCACUGUCCCAGCCUCACAGUUUCAGCUGGAAGGAGAUUAUUUGAUAGGUGGACUUUUUGAUAUUCAUCAUGCCAAUGGCUCUAUUUAUCAUGACAGACCAGAAGCCAUUGACUGUUCCAGUAAACCCUUAAUUCUGUCAAGUUAUCGGAGGUUUCAGUUGAUGAGAUUCACUGUAGAGGAAAUCAAUAACUCUACCAACCUACUGCCAAAUGUAUCUCUCGGCUAUGAGAUAUUUGACCACUGCUCGGAUACACAGAAUUUUCCUGGUAUUUUCAACCUCAUCUCAGUCAACGGCUUGAUCCAACCUUGGGGUGAACCACACAAGAAUCUGUCCAAAGUGAUAGCAGUGGUCGGCACCUAUACAAGCACUGAGACACGGACUGUCGCCCCACUCUUCAUGACGAAUCUCAUUCCUAUGGUCAGUUAUGGAGCUGCUAGUUCUGUCUUUUCAAGAAAACAGAUUUUUCCCUCUUUCCUACGAACAGUGCAUCCAAAUAAAGACGUCAUAGAAGUGAUUGUUAACAUUGUGCAGCACUUCAGUUGGCGCUGGGUUGCUUUCCUUAACAUUGAUGAUGAUUAUGGCAGUGAUGGACUGGAAUUGUUCAUAAACAAGAUUAAGGAUACUGAGAUCUGCCUGGCGUACACCAAAGGUCUCAAUGUAAAUACAAAUUACUCCCAAUUGUUCAAACAGAUAGAAGCACAGAGGAUACAUAUCAUUAUUGUUUUUGCUCCUGAAUGGACUGCUGAAGAUGUCAUUGAGUCAGCAAUACAACUGAAUGUCACCAACAAGGUGUGGAUAGCAGGGGAUGCAUGGUCCUUAAACAAGAGGCUCCCCAAAAUGAAAGGAAUCAAAAACAUUGGAACUGUACUUGGGGUUUCUGAGCCAGGAGUGACAAUACCUGGUUUCAGAGAUUUUAUCUAUUCUUCCAAAAGUCAGCCUCAUUGUCGAAAUGCAGAACAGCAGGUGUCAUGUAACCAGGUUUGCAACUGCGGAGGCCUGAAUCCACAAGAUGUCAUUGCUGCAGACCCAUCUUUCUCUUUUCCUGUAUAUUCUGCUGUAUAUGCCAUCGCUCAUGCCUUACACAAUGCCCUGCAAUGUGAAGCUGGCAGAUGUAAUGGAAAUAUUACAGUGUACCCACACAUGGUUCUAGCAGAGCUGAAGAAGUCAAACUUUAAACUUUUAAACCAGAGCAUUGAGUUUGAUGAGAAUGGUGACCCCAAGUACGGAUCCUAUGCUAUAGUUUAUUGGAACCACAGUGGGGAUGCAGAGGAGGUCGGCUUUUAUAAUUUUCACUCGUCGUUCCAUUUCUUCGUCAACAACAGCAAAAUUCAGUGGUACACAAAGGGAGAAGUGCCUACUUCACUGUGUUCCCCAGGAUGUCCUGUUGGAUAUGCAAAAAAGUAUGAUGGAAUCCACAAAUGCUGCUUUACUUGUGAAAUCUGUCCAAAUGGAACUCAUGUCAACACCACAGAGGAUGCCUACAACUGCGUCAGCUGUAAGGAGACAGAAUGGUCUGCAACCGGAAGUACAUCAUGCAAUCUGCGGGUGGUGGAGUACAUCCCAUUCACAGACAGUGGGGCUAUUCUGAUCAUGGUCGGGGCCGGGGCCUUGGUGGGUCUCACACUAGCCAUGUCUGCUCUCUUUGCCAUCAACUACAACACACCUGUUGUCAGAUCUGCUGGAGGACCAAUGUGCUUCCUAAUUUUAGGCUGCCUCAGUCUGUGUAGCCUUAGUGUGUUCUUUCACUUUGAUAAGCCAACAAUUUCUUUUUGUAUCUUAAGGAUCUUGCCAUUUCUUUUGUUCUACACUGUUUGUCUAGCAUGUUUUGUUGUGCGAUCUUUUCAAAUAGUUUGCAUUUUCAAAAUAGCUGGAAAGUUCCCCAAGCUACACAGUUGGUGGAUGAAAUAUCAUGGACAAUGGCUGGUCAUCACUGUGGCAUUUGUUACUCAGGCACUCUUACUUCUUAUUGGCUACUCUUAUACCCCCCCCAAGCCCUACAAUGAAACAUUUUGGUACCCAGACAAAAUCAUACUAAGCUGUGACAAUAAUUUUAAAGCAUCCUCUGGUUCUGUGAUUUUACUUGUAUCUUUGUGCUCCCUUUGCUUUAUUUUCUCCUACAUGGGAAAAGAUCUCCCAAAAAAUUACAAUGAGGCCAAAGCAAUAACUUUCUGCCUGCUCCUGCUGAUCCUCACCUGGAUAAUCUUUGCCACUGUACACAUACUUUAUCGUGGAAAGUACAUUCAAACACUAAAAGCUCUGGCAGUACUCUCCAGUCUCUACUCCUUUCUGUUGUGGUAUUUUCUCCCAAAAUGUUACAUCAUCAUUUUUCAUUCAUACAAAAAUACACAGCAGUACUUCCAAGGUCUCAUUCAGAAUUACACCAAAACAAUUAGCCAGUAGCUGCCUUCAGUAAAUAUGUGUCUCUACAGACAGAUGUGCUCAAUGCAUUCAGUCAUUUUGCCUUUUAGAGUACAUAGUAAAAAAAAGAAACAGUACACAGUAGUAUGAAUCUUUGUCUCUUUUUGUCUUUUUCUUCCUAGAGUUGUAAUGAAUCUAAUCUAAUGCAUGUUUUUUAUUGUUGUUUCUUUGCUUUUAUGAGGUAUAAAUCAAUAAGCAAUGAGUCUUGAAGAAAUGAGAUAAGAUACAAUAACAAACAUUCCAACAAGAGGCAAGUUUUUCCUAAAAAUUCUGAGUAGAAGCCUUUUUAGGACUUUGACCUUUGGUCAGCAAUGGGGAAUUUUUCCGUGCUCUGAUUGCAAUGUCACUUGUAGUAAUAUUGUUCACUUGUACAGGUCUCAUUACAGAGGGGGUGUACACUUACUGUAAUGUUUUCCAUUCACAUUGUUUAGCCAAUUAUUUUGCCAAAUCAACAGGCAAAUUACAGAUAAAGUUACAAUUGUAUGUCUUUUCAUGUGAAAACUUUCUGGCCUUGCUAGACUAUUGAAUCAUCCACACUUUACACAUAAAAAUAAAUCCUUUGUGAGGAAAAUAAAUCUCUGCCCUCACUUAUUUCAAAAUUAAAACUUCUACAAAAUUCAUACUCAUCAGUUCUUGAAUACUACCAGGUCAGAAAUGUGCUUACACUGGAGAAAGAGCUGUUGA